GACUGGAACAUGCAAAUCCAAAGCAUUGUCUUUUCCUCCUUCUUCUGGGGCUACAUUAUACUGCAGAUCCCUAGUGGGGAACUGGCUUCCAGAUACGGUGGUACGAUCCUCGUUACCAUAUCCAUCGCCGUCAAUUCAGUUGUGUCACUUCUGAUACCUUUUGGAGCACAUUAUGGAGGUUGGAAAGCACUCUGCGUACUUCGCGGUAUCCAAGGUCUUUCUCAGGGAUGCCUUUACCCAACCAUGCAUCACCUUAUAGGUAAAUGGGUUCCACUUGAAGAGAAAGCACGCCUUGGUACUUUUAUAUAUGGAGGAACCUUGCUUGGAACAGGCAUCCAAUUAGUAGCAUCUGGCUAUAUAGCAGCCUACUGGGGAUGGCCAGCUAUUUUCUACAUAAACGGAAGCCUCGCCGCCAUCUGGGUCAUGUUCUACUUUUUCCUUGGAGCCGACUCUCCACAGAAAUCGAAACACAUUACCAGAGAAGAGAGAUUGUAUAUACAGACUUCUUUGGGACAUUUGAAUGGUCAGAAGAUUCUGAAAACUCCAUGGAAAAAACUGGCUCUUAGUCGGCCAUUUAUCUCUUUGAUUGUAAUGCACAGUGGGCACAACUGGGGUUUCUGGACCCUCAUGACUGAAAUACCAUCGUACAUGAAUCUAAUUCUUGAAGUGGAUAUUAAAGCAAAUGGCACCCUCUCAGCUCUUCCUUAUUUCGUUAUGUAUAUCCUAAGUAUUCCGUGUGGUAUUAUCUCAGAUUAUGGCUUAAAGAAAAACUGGUUCAGCAUUAAUACUUGCAGGAAGGUUUCCAAUUCUAUUGGUGAAUUUGGCCCUGCACUAGCUCUGAUAGCUCUUUGUCACUCACCACCUGGUAAUGUCACUCAGGCGGUUGGCUUAUUGACGGUGGUUGUUGGACUAAAUGCUGGUCAUCUGUCUGGAUUCAUGUAUGACAUCAAACAGUGGGCCCUAGUAUUCUACGUAACUUCAUGUAUCUACAUCGUCAGUAAUAUCAUCUUCAUUAUAUUUGGAACGAGUGCCAGACAACCUUGGAAUGAACCUGAAGAAACAGAAACCAAUCCGGAUAAAAUCGAAGAACAAUGACUUGAUAAGCCAUCAUGCCCGGAAUUUAUUGCAUUUAACUGGAAAAAUCAAUAUUCUUAAGUUACAUAUUGGAAAUAAACAUAGUCUUCGACCAUUGGUAUUUUAAUAAUGUGAUUGUGGAGUAGGUGAAUGGACUUAGGAAGUAUGUUGUAAUGUUUUUACAUGUCAAAUAAUGUCACCUUAUAAAAUAUUUCCAAACAUUGUAAAUAUAUAAAUAAA